AUGGGCUCCGUGCUGCCCGGCUCCUCGCUGGCCCUGAAGCCGGGCUUCAAGCCGCAGCAGCCGCUCUCCCUGGCGGACAUCAUCACCUCGGACAUCCUGCACAGCUUCCUGUACGGCCGCUGGAGGCACGUGCUGGGCGAGCAGCACCACCACCACCCGCACCAGCAUCACCUGCAGCAGCACGAGGACCGCACCGCCCCGAGCGCGAGCCCCAAGACCGCGUUCACCGCCGAGGUUCUCGCGCAGUCCUUCUCCGGAGAGGUGCAGAAGUUGUCCAGCCUGGUUUUACCCAGUGAGGUGAUAAUCGCGCAGAGUUCAGUCCCAGGAGAGGGUCUGGGUAUUUUCUCUAAAACGUGGAUUAAAGCGGGAACAGAGAUGGGGCCGUUCACUGGACGCCUCAUCUCACCUGAACACAUCGACCUGUACAAGAACAACAACCUCAUGUGGGAGGUGUUCAACGAGGACGGGACAGUCAGGUAUUUCAUUGAUGCGAGUCAGGAGGACCAGAGGAGCUGGAUGACCUACAUUAAAUGUGCGAGGAACGAGCAGGAGCAGAACCUGGAGGUGGUCCAGAUCGGCAGCAGCAUCUUCUACAAGGCUGUGGAGACCAUCCCUCCGGACCAGGAGCUGCUGGUCUGGUACGGAAACUCCCACAACACCUUCCUGGGGAUCCCUGGAAUUCCCGGAGGAGAUGACGAACAGAGCAAGAAGAGCAAGAACGAUGAGUUCCACACCUGUGAGGGCUCCUCCUCUUCCUCUUCCUCCUCCUCCUCUUCCUCGUCCUCUUCCUCCUCCUCCAGUCUGGGCCGCAUGCGCUGCGUCAUCUGCCACCGCGGCUUCAACUCCCGCAGCAACCUGCGCUCGCACAUGCGCAUCCACACCCUGGACAAGCCGUUCGUCUGCCGCUUCUGCAACCGCCGCUUCAGCCAGUCGUCCACACUGAGGAACCACGUGCGGCUGCACACCGGUGAGCGCCCGUACAAGUGCCACGUGUGCCAGUCGGCAUACUCGCAGCUGGCCGGCCUGCGGGCCCACCAGAAGAGCGCCAGGCACCGGCCCACCGGAGACCCCGGGGCCCAGGGGGGAGGGGGCCUGGUGGUGGUGGGAGGAGGAGGAGGGGGAGGAGGAGUGCACUCGGCUCACUCACCUCCUCCUCACCCACCACAGCUGACUGCUGUGCCUCACCCGGCGUCUCUGGUCCAUCAUAUACCCACCAUGGUGCUGUGA